AGGUCAUUAGCUGGGCGCAUGCGUACAACACCAACAGUCUGCUGGAGACUUGACGCUGGAUCAGCUAAUAUUUAAUGCUAGGAAGUUGACUAUUUACAACAGAGGACAUGUGGUAUUAAUUGUGAACUUCACACAUUGUGUAUUGCCAGCAAGGCAUAGUUAGCAUUGGGUUGAGUACCUGAAAAAAGAAAUCAUGACUGCCAACGAGGAUCAAGAGAUGGAGUUAGAAGCUCUUCGCUCCAUAUACGAAGGAGACGAAUGCUUCAGAGAGAUCAGCCCAGUGUCUUUUCAGUUUAGGAUAGGAGACCAUGAAGACUCCAAAGCAUUUCUGAUAGAUAUUUCAUGGCCAGAGACCUAUCCUGAAACUUCUCCCCAAAUAUCAUUAGAUGCCUUUUUCAACAACAGAAUUUCUCCAAUCACCAAGCAGAUGAUCAUCUCAAAGCUGGAGGAGCAGGUGGAGGCCAACCUGGGCACAGCCAUGAUGUACACCCUGUUUGACUGGGCCAAGGAGAAUCAGGAGAGCCUAAUGGAGAACCACCAGCCUGUGGUCACUGCUGUGACGUUAACGUCCAACAACGACAACACAAGUAACGUUGGCACCGCCAAGAAGAAGGAGAGGAAGGAACAACUGACCAAAGCACAGAAGAGGAAAAUGACCAGCAGAACAGAUAAUAAGGGGGAGCUGCCAAGGGGCUGGGACUGGGUGGACGUUGUCAAGGUAAGUUGUUUGUACUUGCUCCCUGUGUAUCCCUGCAGUUAUUUUGCCUAUCCAGAAGAUGGUACACUUUAUUGUCAAUUUACUGUGUAGUAUAUGGUUUAUCAG